UGUCACUCACUGGCGGACAGUGUAAUAGAGACAUCCCUGCGUCAUAAAUUAGAUCUUCAUGAUGCAGGGAUGUCCCAGGCCCUUGCUGCGCAAUGAGCAUGCGGACACUCAUGUUCCCCUCACAUAGAAUGACCACCUGACAUUUGCCCCUCACCUAGAAUGGCCCAUGUCCUGUGCCACUUGCGUAGAAUGCCCCCUGAGGGGGCAGGACAGGAAGCAUUAUAUGGGAGGGGAACAUGACGGUACCAUUAGAUGUGAGUGGCAGAGGACAUGGGGCACAGGACAGGGGGUAUUAGCUCGGAGGGGCACAUGACAGGGCCUCCCCCGUCAUCUGCCCAUAUAAUGGCCAUGACUUAGAAUUCACCCCUGUCAUGUGCCCCUCCCACAUAAUGCCCCCCAUUACAUGUGACCCUCACAUGUAACGCCACCCUGAUGUGCCCAUCACUUCGAAUAACCCCUGUCCUGUGACCUUCACAUAUAAUGACACAUGUGGUGAGGGGGUGCCUCCAUUUUUAUUUUUUAUUGUUGGCCCAAAAUUAAUUAGAAAGACCCUGAUAGAGGGCAUACAGCUACCUAUGUUGCCAUACAAUUUGAUAGUCGUGCACAAAGGGUCACUAGGUUCGGUGUUUACCAAAACCGAAAAGCUGAUAGUCAACUCAGAGAAGACGUCACUUAUCUGUCAAGAAUUCAAAAACGUGGGUGAGGAUGUCCAAACAACCACGCACUGAGCAGUCCAAAAGUGUCACGUCAGAGAAAAGACAGUCCACAAAUGCCAGACAACGGGGGCAAACCUUCCAUCAUAAAGAACUUGUGGAUAUGGUUCGGCUCAUUGAUGAGCUGAGUGCCACACGUGCCCCAAGAGGGCAGGUGAACCAGCAAAAACAUGACAUAAUGUCUCAAGUAGCUACCUAUCUUAAGGAAAAAUAUGGAACAUUCCACACUCCCAAACAAGUAAAAAAACGCUUCUCCGACUUAAAGGUUCGCGAAACUCGUAGACUGGGGUCUAUUCGCCGACAUAUUGCUGAAGAACAUGAGCCAAAGGAAGACACACAGUUGCAGGCAAAAUGUACAGAUGAGGAGGAGCCAAGUGUUAGUGGCAAUUGCAACAAGCCAGAUGAGAAUCAGGAAAUGUUGGUUUGCCCGGAAACAGAAUAUUUUACAUUGCAUUUGCAACCCAUUGAUAGUGAAAAAUUUGAACAACUUCCAGAGCCACAAAGGGAGAAUCCAGAAACCAAAACUAUUAGAUUUCUUGAUCGGAGGCUAUGUCAAAUGCAAGAAGAGUUAACUAGACAAAUGUCCACCUUAAUACAAAAAAUGGAGGAGAAAAUAAAUGCAAAACUUGACCAUGUGCUCGCUCGAAUUACUGUUUUGGAAGAAAAAUGCAAUGUUUUGAAUCCGUAAAACACCCAAAAAAAAAUACACGUUUCAGUGUUAGGGUGGUUUCCCACCCGGUUUUUACAGAUACUUGAUCACA